CUUGGUGCUCAAAGAUCAAAACAACCGCCAAAAUGAUGCCCAAACCACUGCUGCUCCUGGCUGCUCUGACUCUCUGCUGCUGCAUCAUGACUAUCCAUGGUUCUCCCAGGUGUAAAUGCAUACAGACGAGCUCCAAAAAAAUCCCUCUUAAGGCUAUCAUAAAGAUUGAGGUGCUUCCUAUUUCCGGACAAUGCCGCUGGACUGAAAUCAUAGUCACCAUGAAGAAGGGCUUCAAAGUUUGCAUCGAUCCAUCGGUGCCGUGGAUCAACCAGCUGCUCACCAACUUGCAAAAGAAGGGCUGUGUCAAAGGAAGGGCUCGCUCUUGUGUUCACCAUCAGUUAUUGUGAUAACGGAAAAACGAGGCCCCCACCGAAACCACUCUGUCACCCACUGCUCCCACUCCUGUCUUCUGAUCGCGUUUUACUGUAACAUUUGAUGUAGCAAUGGUUCCAUUUAAUUCAGUGAAGCUGUGAAUUAACUGUAGGAGGUCUGAGCCACUGCCCAACUUGAAAAAGUCAGUUUUGCAAUUCACAUUUUAUACUAUAUAACACCUUCAGCUUACAGUUCUCUUCAACUGAUUCAGCCUUUCUAGUGUUAUCCUUUGGAAAAAUGAUAAUAACUACAGUCAUAUGGUCUUAAUGCUUCCUUAUAUGCUUGAAAUACUGACACUCAGUAAUAAUGGUGUUAAACUGUUCUGCUUUAGCCUUUUAAAUGUAGCCUAUAAUGUGUUAUUGGGGAGCUCAUUAAACAAACAAAAAGCUAUAUUGCUCCAUUGAUAGACAGAUUGUACUCUGAAAUUAAAGUUUAAAUGUGUUAAAUGUGUAAAAGUUUCCAUUUUAUUAUCAAAAUCACAAAGAUAUACUGUGGUGUAAUCAAACAAUUGCACACGAUUGUACAAUUCUGUACAAAUUCCUUCUAGUAAAUUUGAUGACACAUUGUGAAGAUGAUGAUUACAUUUCGGAUGGUGCUGUUAUCUCUGACGUGCUUUUUGUUGUAUCCAUGAUUUGUGUGUGUGUGUGUGUUUUUUUUAUCAUAAAGAAAUAAAGCACAGACAAAAAGA